GCAAACUAGACAGCUAGCGUUAGCCACAUAAGGGUAAACGGGUCCUUCGCCAGCUCGAUCUACGGUUAUAGGUUCUUUUAAUGCAUGAAGCUAGCGAGUUUAACAUUGCUCUUCCAGUACAUGGCGUGCAAUGUAUAUUUGUUUCGUCUUACCUACUCUAACCCACCUCAAACAACUGAUAUUUAGCUAACGUUGACACGUGUGAAGGUGAGCCUGGCUCCAGUGACAGGGGGAGUGUGUAGCGCAUGGCCGCGGACAACAUUGGACCCAAGAGAUUCGCUAAUGAGCGGCGAAGACACUGAUUCUGGGGUACCUACCCCACUGGCGGGGUAUUUGGGAAAAACUGCAGAAAGGGCUUCCCUGGUGGAGAACUGCCCUUGUUGUGCUGCCAAUGGCCAGAUUUAUACCCUUCGUUCAUACCGCAUCAACUUCCAGGAGUCGAUCACACUCUGCACAAACCCACAGUGCCUGUUUCCCUUCUUGAACAAUCCCUUGGAAGAAAUUUUUAACAGCAUUACCACAGGAGAGAGUAAAGCUAAUGGGAAGGAGAAAAGCCCCUGCAGCCCUUGUGAAGGACACCCUGUUCCUGUCCUCAAGUGCCAGAAGACAGGAGAUGUUGAGUGUGCCAAUAGCCUGGUGUGCAGCCCUUCCAGUGUGGAUCAGAGCCACAAUGGCUUGUCACAGCAGGCUUUGUCACUCAGGGACAAUGAUGACAGUCAAGAAUCGGACUCUCCCAGUCUCCCCAAUAAUGUGGAGCACACUGGCUCCACAAAAAAACCAGAUGAAGCAGGUUCAGAGACCAGAGAGCUGAGUUUUCCAAAGAUUGAAGUGAGGCCCGUGGUGGAGCAGGAAGUUGGGCCCUCGGUGGAGCGGGAAGCAGAGUCUUCACUUGAGCAGGAUGUGAGGCUGAAGGUGGAGCAGGAAGCAGAGUCCUCUGCUGAUCAGGCUGUGAGGCUAAUAGUGGCACAGCAAGAGGAACCUUCAGUUGAGCAGGAAGAGGAGCCUGCAGUCGAGCAAGAAGUGAGGCUGAAGGUGGAGCAAGAAGCAGAGCCCGCAGCUGUGCAGGAAGUGGGGCUAAUAGUGGAGCAGGAAGAGGGGUCCUCUGCCAUGCAGGAAGUGAGGCUGAAGGUGGAGCAGGAAGAGGGGGAGUCUGCCGAGCAGGAAGUGAGGCAUGAAGUGGAGCAAGAAGCGGAGCCCACAGCUGUGCAGGAAGUGAGGCUAAUAGUGGAGCAGGAAGUGAGGCUGAAAGUGGAGCAGGAAGAGUGGUCCUCCGCUGUGCAGGAAGUGAGGCUGAAGGUGGAGCAGGAAGAGGAGGAGUCUGCCGAGCAGGAAGUGAGACAUGAAGUGGAGCAAGAAGUGGAGCCCACAGCUGUGCAGGAAGUGAGGCUAAUAGUGGAGCAGGGAGAGGAGCCUUCAGUCGCGAAUGAAGUGAGGCAGAAGGUGGAGCAGGAAGCGGAGUCCUCAGCUGAACAGGAAGUGAGGAUGUUGGUGGAGCAUCAAGGUGGACUUGUAGAACUGGUUGCUUCUCCAUCCCAUCUUUUCUGGAGGAAUGAGCAUAAUCUUUGUUGGCUGGACACCUUGUUAGUGGCACUGCUGCAUUGCCGAACUCUGAUGGAGCAUGCUGCUAGUCUACCUGGGGACAGGUCACCUGUGCAGAAGCUGUGUGACAGAUACAACAAAGCUUGUGAUGUCAUGAAAGCAAACGAACAAAUUGAUGUUGAAGAUGGGGCGGUCAAGGUUCCAUCAGAUAUCCUUCACCAGGCAGAGAGAGAAAUGGAGGAUCUCCGAAUGUCUUCCUUCAAGCUCCUUGAACCCAAACUGCACUGCAAACUUGGAGAGAGGGAGACCCCUGUCUUUGCCCUGCCCCUCUUCCUCCGGCUGGACCCUCGUGCUGAAGACCUGUUCCAACACGCUUUCCAUUGGGACUUUGAGUGUGCAGCAUGUGGCCACACCUUCAACAACAGGUGUGAGAAGACUUUAACCACCUUUACGCAAGUCGUGCCUGACUGGCACCCGCUUCAUGCCGUCCAUCGAGCGCAGUGCAGCCGAUGUCAUCACAAACAGCAGCGACGGAAGAUGCUUCUCGAGAGAGUAUCCCCUGUGUUUGCGCUGCACUUUGUGGAAGGACUACCUCAGAAUGAUGUCACAGUUUACUCGUUUGACUUCCAAGGCAAUCAUCAUGUUGUCAGCACUGUAAUCCAGUAUGAUAAACACUUGAAGCACUUUGUUACAUGGGUCCGAGAUGCCAGUGGAUCAUGGCUCGAAUUUGAUGAUCUGAAAUACCCACGAUGCAUUGCUCACAAAUGCCUGCCUGUCCCUGCGGAUCAGAUCCACGUCGUUUUCUGGGAGGUCCAGGCGACAAGAGAGGAGAUGCGACCUGGAGGCCACGCGCUUAAUGAAGCUCCAAUGGAGAGGGACAUCACCAGUGCAGGCGCCCAGCAACACGACCUCUCGCUCCCCUUUCCACAGGAUAACACGUACAUCCUAAAUGCAUUGACAGAGGAGGACGUGAAUGGUGGCACCGGCAUGGCGUCUGCCACUAACCUAGAUGCCUCCAUUGGCACCACCACACUUUUAGAUGCCUUCGAGGGCCUGUCGCACAGCGACAUCAUCACGCUCACGCUUGUGGAGGUGAAGGUGGACGGAGAGGGCAGGCCGCUAGACAGCUGCGGGAGCGUAGCGGUAAGUCAGCCUGUGAGUGCUGACACUGGGUUGUCUGCUGCUGUGGAAGCUAGCUCUGUUCAGUGCGCUGCUGCUGACAGCAGUGCUCAGAGCCCCCCAGAAUGCAUAAGGGAGCAAAGCACAGGAAGUAGGCCCGGCCUGACAAGAAAACGAAAGGCACCGUCCGAUGAGGAGAUUGUUAUGCCAUCCGUCAUCAUGCCCCCUGCUGCCGAUCUGCCUUGCGUGGACACGGCUGUCCCUGCUUCCUCUGGGACUGCACCUGUACCUGGGGUCCAUGACUGUAGUGCUGUGUCCAACGCUCGCUGGUCCAAUCUCCUCAGCAGACAUCCCUCCCUCCAGUCCACCCCCAUUCCCCCGAAGCGCGUCGCCACUGCCCCGUCACAGAGACCUGCGCUGAAACUCGCUGACGAAAAGGUCCUCCCUGCAAAAGCAGCAGAAAUGUUUGGGGGUUUCAAACCCAGAGGGUCUGUAAUACAAACAGAGUGGUCAUCCAAGGGGAACCAACAGCAUCAUCCCACUGAUUCAAGGACACAAAACACAGUCUUCAAGCAACCAUUGAUAGAAGCCCGCAGCCCACAACCCUCAGCACUUCACUCACAAAAAUCCUUGAGUAGGGUGGGAGGCCCAUUAGGAGCUACUGUGACUGCUAAAAGCCAGACCGCAGUCCCUCUCGACAGCACUGGUGCCCUGCGUCACAAACUCUUGAAAAAGCUCAAAGCGAAAAAGAGAAAACUUGCUGCCCUGGAUCAGCUGCUGGGGAAGGGGAAAGCGGAAGCUCUGCAGAGACCCGACAGCACAGAAAUUACCUCCCCCUACACUGUCAGCUCCACCACCUCCCUGUGCAACAGUCCCAGCUAUGACCAGUUCUUCACAGACCUCCUGUCUCCCUCCACAACUGCAAGCAACCUGUCCCCAGACAGCACUGGCCUGUUGAUGCUGGCUAGUGGACAGGAGGGUGCAGAGGCAGUGGGGGAGAGCAUUUCAGCUGCACAGCCGGAGGGAAUCGGCUCUGUGGUUUCUCAGCCCACAGGAAAUGGCCUUGGUUCAAUAAAGGAUGACUUCCUGGAAGAAUUCAUGUCCGGCACGGAGCUUCAGCCAUGUGCCACUGAAAAUGCUGAUUUUAAUGUAUUUGACAUGUUCUUUUAAUUAUAAAUUUUGUUGCUUUAGUCAACAAAGCAUCAAUUCACUUUGUGUGCACUACGGGAAAGCUAAAAUGAAGCAGCUAGUUCUUGAGUUUUUUU